AUGUAUUCUCUGAUCCGCGACUUUAUCGCUGCGGUCACAGAUCACAGGCAGGUAUGGUGUAUUGAUGCUCGUCGCGCUACCGAGGAGACUAUGCUCGCCUAUGAACGAUGCUAUCAGGAAGCCAAAGCACGGAUGCCUACCGGGUACCGUCAUAUCCGCCCAGAUCCUGAUACUGGCCGGCCGGGCGUUCUCUUUGCGAGAUCAUUCACAGGACUUGUGAUGUCACUGAGCCUCGACACUGCACUCUGGUUCCAAAGGAGGCAGCGGACCUUUCUUUCUCGGAUUUGCGACCUGAUCAGAGAUUACGACGAGAGCAUGCCGAGUUCUUUUGAUGAGUUCUACGAGCCUUGGGGAGGAAUGGGACGAGGCGUCGAUUAG